AUAUAUUUUAAUAAAUAAAAUUAAAUCCGAAAGUAAUAAUAAUAGUAUAAUUAUUUAUAUUUAAGAUAAAUCUAUGUUUGAGAUGAAUGUGUUAUUUAUUAUUUAAAAUUUUAAAAUAACAAUUUUUUUCUUAUAAUUAGUUUUAAAAAUAACAAUGAUGUUAUGAAAGAAACAAGUUAUGAUGUGUUGGUAUCUUUAUUAAGAAGUUUAUCUGUAUAAGCUUUAAUUUUUUUUAGACAAACAAAGUUGCACAACAACCCUAAUACCCCAUAUACAAAAGUAAUCACGUCAUUUCCUACAUAUAUAUAUAUAUAUCUUUUGUAAAUUUAUUCCUCUGAUAUUUUUUUUUUAAAACGUUUCUCUGAAUUUUAAACAGAAAGAUAUGCUUUGUGCAAGAAGAGAAAAUGAGAAUUUAAGAAAUUGAGUUACACUUAAUAGAUGAAAAAAUAAAAAAAAACUUAUGAAUGAAAAGAAGAAUAAACUAUGAAACAAAUAGACAAUGCUUUGUUACAGAGAAGAUACUAACCCACGAGAAGCUGGUUUUCUUUUGUUUUCAAUAAAACUGUAAGAUAUGCGGUGGUGUGUAGAUAUAUUAUUAAGAUUUUGAUUUAUCUUAUUUUUUUGAAAUUAUUAAGUUUGAUUAAUAUUCAAAUUGGACAAUUUAGUCAAUUUACAUAUACAAAAGUGUAGUUUUCAAAAAUUAUAAAAAAUGGUGUAGUUUUCAAAUUAAAAUCUCAUAUAAAUGUAUUUUUCCAAAUUUUUCCUAAAUAAAAUAAAUAAUAAGCAAAUAUUAUUAAAAUAUAUUUUAGUAUUAGCAUUUGAUAUAAAACAGUAAGAUUAGUUAAAUAAUUAAUUUUUGAAAAAUAAUAUAGUUCCGCGCGUAGCGCGAAUUAUUCCCUAGUUUAUAUAUAUAAAACACGGUUUGUUUCACUCCUAGGCUGUCCACGUCAUUUUCCAUGUCAGUAAAUCGGGCGACGUCGUGACGACACGUGUUCCAGAUUCCAAACGCGUCGUAUCAUUUAAAUGAGUGGGCAAUUGAUAUGGGUUUUGUGAUGUGUUUUGGGUCAGCCCAAUAGAAGUUAACCCUAAUUCUCUCUUUACCCUGCUUCUAAUCCCUCAUCCCCCUCUCUCUGUUUGGUCGCGUCGUCUGAUCUUCUUCUUCAUCUACUAGAUUCGAUCGGUGUCAUUAAAUUUCUUGGUAACUCCAUCUUCUUUCACUCCUUCCAAGAUUCUUCAUUCGAUGUACCCAUCUUACUUUCAGUCGGUGAAUAUACAUAUAUAAAUAGAGCACAGUGGCAAACUCCUCUCGCUAUGAGCUCUGUCUAUGCGAGGAAGCCUAAGACUUCCUGGAGGAAAGACAAUCGUUGGAAACGAAUGCAUCACAGUAGGAGGAGGAAAGCGCCGGUGGCGACGGCGAAAUGGAAGAGGAGGAUGAAGGCCGUGAAGGAUGAAGAUAAAGCCAUUGAUGAUGGUGGAGAGGAUAGAGAGAAGAGAUCAUUAAUGGAUAGUGGGACGAAGCUAACGCCAGUGACAAGGAUAUCUAUGGAAACACCGAGGACGCUGAGCUCAAGAAUUGGGACACCGAGUUCGUCCAAGUUAAUCAGCCUAUGCUUUUCGAUCUCAUCUUGGACUGUGGCGUAUAUGAUCAUAGACAAGAUUCCAGAAGAUAUGUGCACUAACAUCAAGAAUGACUACACACCUGAGGAAGAAACUGAGGUUCGCAAGGAGCAUGGGCCUUCGAGUGACUUUUGGUCCCUGGUGGUUUAGGAUAGUCUUCUAUUAGAUGUCUUCUUUCUCUCCUCUUUUGGUUUGAAGUUUGUCAUUCUUUUGGUUUGAAAGGUGAGAGGUCACUGUGAAUAAUACAUGCAAGAAUGUUUUGUUUUGUUACAUGCAAUCAAUCAUCGCCUCUGCGUCUGUUCUAGAAUGUAGUUUGUAUCAGAUCUCUUACAGUAAAAAGUUUUUGUCUGGUUGCAGAUGCUCAAAACAGUGGGAGAAGAUGAACUCAAGGCUUCUUCUCGGUUACUAUCUUUCUUUGUGGAUCACCUUAAUAAUAUGUUUGUAGUGUUGGACACAAAUAAUUUGAUUCUCUGUUGCAAAGGUUACAUUGUUCAUCUAACUUGAUAUUGAAAAAAGUUCUCUGUUAUUUGUUCAAAACAACCCCAUAUACAACUUCAAUAAAUUAAGACUGAUUGAUUGAUCCCUGAUUAGUACUAAGAUCUGCAACUGUUAUGUUUGGUCAAGUGUAUGAAAUCCAGUUCUAAUUGGUUUCCACUGUCGACUAAUUAGAGAAAAGUCACUGAAAAAUAUCUAAAACAUGAGGAUUAAACAUGUUAUGUGAUCUCUUUGAUUCAGAAAGGCAUUAUGGAUCGUGAAAGCUUUCAUUCAUUAACUUAUAAAAAUAUCAUCUAAACCUAACCACUGUAAUUAAGAGUUUGUCUCAAAUAAUUUAAAGCAUUCAAUUUUAUUUUUUAGUUUGUGAAUUUCAGAUAUAUCAAAUCAUUAUGCUCUGAACAAUCAUAUUGAAUCCAAAUUUAUGUUCGUUAUAUUUUUCUAUAUACAAAAGCAAGACAAAAUUAUAUAUGUCUUCUUGAAACUAUUAAAUUUCUGACAAAAAACACUGGCUGAAACAUAUUUUUCUGUUAAAUAAAACAUAUGACUGAAACACACAAAUUGAACUCUCCUACGAAAAUGACAGUGAGCUUUUGUUCAUUAUUUUCGAUAGUUUGGUUUGGAACCGUGUAUUAUUAGAUACACCAUGCAAACUUAUCUUAUGUAUCAUUAGUAAAAACAAAAAUAUUACUCAAGUUCCAAAGGUGCAACACUAGACACAAAAUUAAUAAAAGGCAAAGAUAUUUGAAAAUACUCCCAGCACAAAAGAAGGAUAAACACAAAGCUAUCCGACACUAAAAUUGAGUUACAA